GUCCAAUGAGAGGCGUGGCUUCCAGGAGACGCUCCCGUGGUGGUUUGUGUGAACGGGUUAGGCUGGAGCUGAGGGGAGCUGGCUGAUGAUGGCGGACUUUUUAAAAGGCCUACCAGUGUACAAUGAGAGCAACUUCAGCAGAUUUCAUGCAGACUCUGUGUGUAAAGCCUCAAAUAGACGGCCGUCAGUUUACCUGCCCACAAGAGAGUAUCCUUCUGACCAAAUCAUAGUAACAGAGAAAACAAAUAUACUUUUGCGAUAUUUACACCAGCAAUGGGACAAAAAGAAUGCUGCAAAGAAAAGAGACCAAGACCAGUUGGAAAUAGGAGAAACAUCUGCGCCCCCACGAAAGAUUGCCCGGACGGACAGCCAGGAAAUGAAUGAGGACACAUAAGCACCACUAAGAAACUUCUUUACCGACCUUGCACCCCACGUCUCCAUUUUGUUUCCCCUCCCACAGCACGGGAUGACCCUGCUAUGUUGGGUGGAGGUAUCACAGCCUUCCUUAUGGAUGCAGUCGAUUCCUCUUCUGGUAUCCUAGGAGCCAAAUUUCUAUUUAUUUCUUGAAGAUUUUAUUUAUGUUGUGCUGAAACUCCUCUGCGAACAGAUGGAUAUAAAAGAUUUCACGCCCUGCCCGCCCUUUUUUAUUUUAACAAUAUAUUUUUUUUUUCUGCUGUUCCAUACACUGUGUAUAUGGUUUUAAAUUAAUUGGCCCAGGUUCUGCUGGACUCUGCUUUAAACUGUGCAGCUGCAAUUUCUGUGAUCCUGUGCCGCAGAGGUUCUGAUGCCUGCCACGGAUCCCUGAAAACUGCUUCAGCCACAGUGUAACUUUUGUUCCAUUGAAUCAAUUUAUUUUUUUUUCAUUUUUUUUUCUUUUCUUUUGCAUGCAGUUUUUUAUUUAGUUUAUCUUGGGCAUCCUAAGCCGCUGGGAGGACAUCCACUUCCUGGAAACCACAACCUUCUCAAUUACAGUAUUAGGUUGUUCCGUUCUGAACAUCUUUGUAGUUCCGCCAGUGACUGGUGUGCCAUAAACAUAGUCCGUUCUAGAGGUACCUGCAUGACUAACAUACUUAUUGUGAGGCAUUGAACUUGUGUAACUGUUGUACCUCCCAGCACUACAUCCACAGAGACCUUGUGUUUGUACACUGCUAUCACUAACCAAUGAAAAGCUAAAUGUCUUCUAGACUGGUUAGCGGUCUUAACCCAUGAAUGGCCACCAGUACUGUUACCUGGGAAUUUGCUACUUGUCCACAUCGCCACAGGAGCCGUGAAUUAAAACAACGAUAAUCAGCUUGAUAUCAGCCGAUCUCUGGUGGGGUUUUUUGUGUACAUUUUAUGCCGUUAUGUUUUCUGAUCUUUUGGAAGGAGCAGCUGUAGGGGUGUACUGUGUCAGUCACAUGGCUCUUCCUUUCUGUUUUUUUUUUUUUGUUUUUUUUUUUUAAGUUUUGAAGUCCUUAACUCAAUUGCCUAUUAAGCUUAACUAGUGCUUCCUGACUAGAAAUGUUGCCUAGAAAAUUCUGUUGCACAGUAGAUCGCCCAGUUAUGUCCUGUGGUAAGGAAUAAACUUGUGGCCUUCCAAUAAAGUCUCUGAAGCAGA